GGGAAAGAGGUCACAGGCGCAAAAAUUGCGCUGGACCAAGCUCGACCUGGCUGAUCCAGCCCCACUCAGCCCACCCGUUCUUGAUUGCGAGGUUCCCAAAGUACAGACCCCUCCACAGCCAAGAAAUGUUUGGAAGACGGAUGGACCUACUCUAGCUAAAAAGAUGGCCGAGACCCCUCCACCAGCCCGACCAUUGUGGACAAGUCACCUCCAAAGACCCCUCCAGAGCCAAGAAACUUUUGGAAGACCGAUGGACCUACUGGCUCCCAUUCUCCAGCUAAAAAGAUGGACAAGAACCCUCCACCAGCCCGAUCAUGCGCAGUUGUGUGUGUGCCAUCAGAGGUAAAUGCAACAGUGAACUGUCUCCCAAGACCCAGCGGUGAAGCCCAGCUGUUGCAGGUCAAACUAAAAAGGAACAUCAAGUACAAAGGCCAUCAGUACUUCUAUACUGUCAAUAUGAAAAAUGUGCUAGCAGGACUAGCAACACUCAAAGAGAUGCACUCAGAAUAUAAAGACAUUACAAUUGAUGAGAGUGCUACAUUCAACACAGAUGAUCAGCCAGUGGAGGCUGAUAAAUCCAAAUUAGACCCAGAGAAAGUUAGACCUAUAGAUGAGACAAAACGGGCUGAGCAGCCCAAGAACACAGAAAUGGAAACCAGUGAUGCUGCAAACGGUGAACAGGCCGAUCAGUCCAAAUCAGACCCAGAGAAGGAAAAGGAGGAACUUAGACCUGGUCUGGCCCUGGACACCUGCAUGCAGCCACCUGACAUAGCCCAGGAACUUUUAUCAUACGGCGAUGGCAUAUUUAGCAUUGUGCCUGCCCAAGGUAACAAACCUGUUGGCUUCUUCGCUAUUCCAAAACUAGAAGCCAUGGCCUUCCCUGUUCUGUUCCCAACUGGACAGAACACAUUAGAUGAGGUUCGGCCGAUUCAACUCUCCCCAAGCAUGUACUUUAAUGCAAGGCUCUUCUCAGCAGAUAGGAGGUUUGCAAUGGACCAGAGUUACCUCUUCUUUUCGCAGUUUGUGACAGAAACCCACAUGGCCAAAAACAGCAUGUCAAUACAACUGCGUAAAGGCAAACCAUUCACCAGAGAUGGACGCAAAAUUUCCAACCGGAUGCUUCAAGAUAAUCACGAGGUGCAAAAACUGAUAACGAACAAGGACGCAACUCGGUUCAUGCAACCUCUCCGAGGCACUCCAGCUUAUUGGGAAAAGGCACUGAAAGAUCUGUAUGCCAUGGUCAGACAGGUGGGCAAGCCCACAUUCUUCAUCACGUUUUCUGCUGCUGAGAUGAGAUGGCCUGAGUUCAUAGAGAUUAUAAAAGCUCAACAAGGUGAAAGUGUUGACUUUGAUCAGCUCGACUGGAAUGCAAAAUGUGACAUUCUACGAAGCAACCCUGUCACUGUAAUGCGGAUGUUUGCAAAAAGGGUUGACGCACUAAUGAACAAUCUGAUCCUGUCAGAUGGACAGCCCAUUGGUGAAGUAGAAGAUUUCUUCUAUCGAGUGGAGUUUCAAGCAAGAGGAAGCCCACAUAUCCACUUGGUGGUUUGGAUUAAGGAUGCACCCAAGUUUGAUGACGAUGAAGUCUGCGAGUUCAUCGACCAGUAUAUAACAUGCCAGUUGCCUGACCCAGAUGCGGACCCCGAGCUCCACAAAAUCGUGUGAGGUUCAGAUUCACAGCCGAAAUCAUUCCAAAUCGUGCAAAAAAGGCAACAACGUGUGCAGAUUUGAUUUUCCUAGAACACCCAUGGACAAAACCGUCGUCACCAACCCAGAUGACCGUAAAGAUCAUGAGUUGAUGGUGAAGUGAAGAAACAAAGUGAAAGUGGGGAAAAACUCACAGGCAAAAAGUCCAACUCUAAAAUCAGACCUCUUCGAAAGAUACAAAUGGAGGCCAUGGUCAAAAUCAGACCACUGUGGACUUUCCUCAACGAAUCAAAGAACCCACCCAUGUCUUUUUUAAGAGUUGCUGGUGAAAUUCAAACUCACCUACCACGAAUUCAGGACAAUAGUGGAGAAUCUAACCACUGGCAAUGUCAUUGUGAUGAAGCGUAGUCCAAUCGACUGUUGGGUCAAUGGAUACAAUAUCCAUUUGCUGAGGGUAUGGAACGCUAACAUGGACAUUCAGUUUGUUCUUGACGAGUACUGCUGCAUCGCAUACAUGUUGUCAUACAUUUCCAAGCCGGAACAUGAGAUGACUCCGACGCUGAAUCAAGUCAUUAGUGAAGUGCGGAAAAAAGACGUCAAUGAGAAAGAUGAAAUGAAGCAGAUCAUGCAGGCGUACUCCAAACACAGAGAGGUCAGCGCUCAAGAGUCUGUGGCACGGACAUGCAGCUUGCCACUAAAAAAGUGUUCACGUAGUGUGGUGUUCAUACAGACGGAUGAAAACGCACUGAAGAUGAGUCUUCCCAUGAGCAGGUUGCAGGCAAUCCUGAUGCAGAGAAAGUGUGGAUGUCGGGAUUACCCGAGAAAUAUGCAGACAGACCUAGGACACUCGAAAACACGUCUUUGGCCGAGUUUGCGUCAGAGUACAGGAUACUCUACGGCCGACAAGCUGAAGGCCCAAAUGCCAUUCCCCUUUUGAAUGACAGAGGAUUCAUUCAAAAAAGAAGUGUGGGAAAACCUGCCAUCAUCAGAUUUCCCCGCUUCUCAGAAAGGAAAGAACCAGAGAAGUUUUACUGCAGAUUGCUCAAACUGUACUUGCCACACAGAUCCAACGAUGACCUUAAAACCGAACAGUACCCUACGUAUGAGCAGUACUACAAAUGUGCUGUCAAAUCGGACUACGUAGUAAAAUAACUGGUUGAUGCCAUGAAGAAGCGAUACGAAGGACAUGGCAAAAAAAUGCAGCAGGCCCUUGUAAAGGUGUCUGAAAAAGGUCCACUUUCUAAUGCAUGGAGGACUUUUGCACCAGAGGUCGAACUGGAACGUUUGGAGUGCAUGGCCGAGCGACCAGUAUCAGACCCCAAUGAGGAGAAAGAGAGAGACAAUGUGCCAGACUACGAAAUCGCACGUGACAGUGGCGGAGCUGUACCAGCAAUAGAGGCACCAAAGCUGAGCCCAGACUUUGUGAGAAAGUUGUACCAAAGUCUCAACGUAACACAGGCAUCAAUAUUCUACACUGUGCAUGAGUGGUGCCUCAAGCGUGUCUGGGGCCACAAUCCAGAACAGUUCUUCUACUUUGUCACCGGGGGAGCUGGCUGUGGAAAAUCCCAUGUCAUCAAGUGCAUAUAUGAGGAGGCCACCAAGAUUCUGCGCCAACUCCCCAGAUUCCGCGACCAGGCAGACAUGUCCAUGCCCGCAGUGCUACUGACUGCAUUCACUGGCACAGCAGCUUUCAACAUCUCUGGAAAAACCUUGCACUCCAUCCUCAAACUGCCAAGAUCUUUGAAACCAUCAUAUCAAGGACUUGGAAAUGCACUGGAUGAAAUGAGAGCAACGCUAUCCAAUGCAGACAUUCUCAUAAUAGAUGAAAUAUCCAUGGUUUCAAAAGAGCUGUUUUCCUAUGUCCACUGGAGAUUUCAGCAGAUCAAAGGAAACAAGAAACCUUUCGGAGGGAUGUCUGUCCUGGCAGUAGGAGACUUCUACCAACUGCCGCCCCUCGGUAGAGCCAAACCACUCUGUGUCUACGAGGGGUCUGUGCUUGACCUCUGGAAAGACCAGUUUCAAAUGGUCAACCUGACACAUCAUGCGUCAAAAAGAUGAUCUCGUGUUUGCAGAGCUCCUGAACAGGAUACGGGUUAAGCAAAAGACAGAAGAACUCUGUGACAGCGACAAAGCUUUGCUCUACCAGGCUGUCACCGACAUCAAAGACUGUCCACCCAAUGUCCUGCAUAUAUUUGCCACAAACAAAGAGGUCGAUGCCCACAAUUGUGCCACCGUAACUGCCCUCCACCCUGACUUUCUAAACAUUAAGGCAGAGGACUAUCUAAAGGACCCCACCACCGGUCAAAUGAUCCAGAUAGGAACUGUCAAAGGAAGCCAAAGAGAGUUACCUGACAACAUACAAGCUGCGCACGGCGUACGUGUUAUGCUCAUCAGGAAUCUGGAUGUGGAGGAUGGGCUCGUUAAUGGCACGUUCGGAACCAUUGCCAACAUAGUGACAACCGAGAAAAGUGGACAAACGACAGUGAAACUGGUUGGACUUCAGUUGGACAAUCCAACCGCCGGACGCAAAUUCCGCAAAAAGAUAAAAGGGGCAUCAGAUGACUUUGUGUACAUAGAGACGCAUGAGGAAAGCGGCAGCAGAAAAGGAAUGGUUCGAAGGCAGUUCCCAAUGAAGCUGGCCUUUGCCUGCACAGCUCACAAAGUGCAGGGCAUGACAAUGCAGUCUGCAGUGGUGGGCUUGAAGCGUGUGUUUGAGCCUGGAAUGUCCUAUGUUGCCCUCAGCCGGACAACCUCGCUGCAAGGACUUUACAUCACUGACCUCAAUGAAAAGAAAAUCUAUGCUGCUCCUCAAAUCACUGCUUCAAUGCAAGAAAUGACACAAGCAUCGUUCCAAAGCACAAGGCCGCUGUUGCAAAACGUCAAAGUAGCAGAUGAAAUGGCUCAAACGAUGACACUAAUCCACCACAAUGCACAAGGACUUCCUUCUCACAUUGAGGACAUGAAGUGCCACCAUGAACUGAGACUUGCCGAUGUUUUGUGCAUAACAGAAACGCAUUUGUCUGGAUCAGUUGAUUCCCCACAGUUCCAGUUGGAAGGAUACAACAUGUUUACACGCAGCAGACAUGUCUCCUACACCAGCUAUCCAGACAUGGCAAAAAAAGAUGGAGGUGGGGUUGCUGCAGUGUACUGUAAGAGCCACAUUCAAGCAGAGGCCCGACGGUUCAUUAAAAAUGUGACGGAUCUGGAGUUUGUAGUUGUCAAAGUGGAGAACCCAUUCCAAGCACUGAUUGCAGCUGUGUACAGACCACCACAGUUCAGCCUCGAGAGGUUUUUGCCAAACUUGACCAACCUCCUGGACUCUCUCGCCAUAAUGAAUCACCAGCCUGUCAUUGUGUGUGGAGACUUUAACGAAGACCUCCUUUGCAAAGGAAAGAAGGCCAUUCGUGAACUGUUUCAGUCCAGAGGCUAUGCACAAGUUAUCACAGCUGCAACAACUGAAGGUCAGACACUCCUAGAUCACAUAUACAUAUCUCAGCCAAAUACCUGCCUCCAAUCUGGUGUCCUCCAAACGUAUUACAGUUAUCACAAUCCAGUUUACUGUGUUUUAACACUGAUAACUUUACCAGCCAAUACAUACAGCUAAUACAGUUGUUAAGAGUGCCACAAUGUUCUGAAGGGGUAAUUCCUCUGACUUAUUUGUGUUAGGGUUUUUUUUGUUUAUUGUUAGCCUUUGCGUACUGUCAGGUUUACAAAGCAGCAGCAUAACUGAUGCUUUCAUUUGCGAUUCUGGGUUCAUCACGUUCUUUAAGUCUAUUUUCUCUGGGUGCACAGAUAGUUCUAUUUAGUUGUUCAUAGAAGGCGACGAGGUAAUGAGGAUGACUGCUGAGCGGGCUACAUGGCACUCUCAACAGCCAUACAAGCCAGUAGUCAUCGGAUUUAUCUUUUAGCCUUUUGUGUUCAAUUUUAGAUAGUUCUAUUUAGUUGUUCAUAGAAGGCGACGAGGUAAUGAGGGGGACUGCUGAGCGGGCUAAAUGGCAGUCUGUAGACAGUCAUACAAGCCAGUGGUCAGACCGAUUUAUCUUUUAGCCUUUUGUGUUCGAUUUUUAUUUUUGUUUGUUGUUUUGCUGGCUGUUUGGAUUGGCUCCCAAGGGUGCGAUUCAGGCAGCAGCACGUUUUUAGAAGGCGAGGAGGUAAUGAGGAGGACUGCUGAGCGGGCUAAAUGGCAGUCUGUAGACAGUCAUACAAGCCAGUGGUCAGACCGAUUUAUCUCUUAGCCUUUCUAAGUGUUUUGAGUCAUAGUGGCACAGUGGUAUGUAUUGGCUGGACAUAGUAUUAACAUUACAUCUGAAACGACUUUAUCAAACCAACUGGCACACACUCUAACUCGAAAAAACAAACAAAUUGACAAAGAAAUGAGACAGAGGGAUGAAGAAGCAGCUCCACUGAGGACAACAGCAGUGCAGUUCCGGAGAUCCAGCCACCCAGAGUGAAGACGGUUACAGCAAUGAAGACGCAGUCCGAAAGGUGUCAGCAUGUCAGAGGGAAGAAAUUUGGUAAAUGUUGCACUACACAGGACUGUUGGUAAUAUGACAUUCAACUUUCCCUUUUUUUUCUAUGAUCAUUAUGCCUUUAAUAUUUUUUCUUAAGUUAGUUGCUCAAAUUAUGCCCAGUGCCUAAUCGUGCUUUUGUUUUCUCACGACAUGACACCCACAUGAGGUCCUGCCUGACUACAUAAUUAUUGUAUGCAGAUCAACACCAUAAAGUUAAGUACUCUUUUUCUUCAACGUAAUAGAAAUGUGUCUUUUCUCUUUGGUCUGAAACAUUACAUUAAUGCAGUUUUGUUUUCCCUGUCUUUUCUGUAAAAUCACUGCCAUAACCGUGACAAUGGUGAGAGACUGUAAUGAGGACAGCAACAGCUCCAGUGAGGGACCCAAAUGAGGCUGGCAAGGAGAAGAACCAGGUUCGUCAGUGAGGACAGAAGACAGCUCCAGUGAAGAAUCAGCAUUCCACACAAGAAACCAGAACAGGAGGGAGAAUCCAGACUGACAUGUCAUAGGACAGCAGCAGUUUCAAAAAGUCACAACCAGAUGAGACGGCGGCAGAAUCAAUGAUCAGUAAAAUGGGUACAGCAAUAGCGGUAAUGACGGACAAGAGGAUCAUCAGCGAGAACCCAAGUAACAACUGCAACUUUCCAGAGAACUCAUCACAACACAAAAUACAGAGGAAAAGAGGAAGAUGACUGGAUUGUCCCCAAAUGUCCCUCUGCCACAAAUCAAACCCACUCUAUUCACCAGAAUGGUUGCAGCAAACUCAUGGAGUCUUAACCUUGUGCAGAGAGCUCUUUUUUGUAUGUUGCACACUAUCUGGUUUAACAUUGUGCUCGGUGUAGUUAUUUCUUUUGAGUACUUGUAUAUUUCAAUUUAUUUUAAAUGUUUUAAUUUUAAGAUUUGAUAAAACGGCAUCAGUUGCACUUCUGUCCAUCCUGGGAGAGGGAUCCCUCACAUGUGGCUCUCUCUGAGGUUUCUACAUUUUUUCCCCCCUGUUAAUAGGGUUUUUAUGGGUAGUUUUUCCUUACUCUUGUUGAGGGUUAUGGACAGAGGAUGUCGCACCUUUCUAUUCAUUGUAUAUUUUUAUAAAUAUUGAUAUUAAAACAUAUUUUUCAACAACCCAAUUAAGCCAUCAUAAUUUAGUAUGUUUUCAAAUGUAUUGAUGUUCUACUUGUAUUCUAUGAAAUAUUGUCACUGCAUAUCUGAGUUUAUAGUUUUCAAAUUCAAUGUGUAAUUUGUAUUGCCAAGAAAGUUAUGAAAGUAGUUUUAAAACAAGAGUGUACAAACUGUCAAUUAUUAUUCAUUCUGUAAAACAAAUCUAAUUUCCUGCAAGCAAGGCACCCAUUUGAAAUUUCUAGUUCCAACUGCUCUUUUACAAGUUUGUGUAUAUGAUUUCAGGGACUGAAGUAUUCAUUUAAGGUGAACUGUCUUGUCCGUUGGCUCAAAGUUGACAUCCGCCCAAAAGCUGAAUCCUAAUGAUUUAUAACCUCAUACUUGAUGUACAAUCAUGAAUCUUAGUCACACAUGCAGUUUCACAUUAUUUGUUCUGUUUGUCUUUCUACAUAAAGCCUGUCACAGAUGUAUGUGAAGAUCUUCAUGCCUGCUCUACCGGUGGGUGUGGUACAUUCUAGACAUUGAUGGAUCAAAGUGGUUUUUCAAUUUUUAGUCAUUUUAAGUCAUUCUAUGGGUCAGUCCACCAAAAUUGGUUCAGACCAAAAUAUCUUAAAAAUCAUUAGAAAUCCUUGGGGAAAAAACCCAUGGAAAUCCAUUGGAUUGAUUUCCAUGAAACUUGUUGGAGAUACUCUGAGAAAUGGAUUUCAUUGUAAGAACCCUACUGACUUUGAUGAUGUCUUACCUUUUCUUUCAGCACAAGUUCAUAAAUUCUUAAAAUAUCUUGACAACCAUUGGAUUAUUUAAUCAUGACAAGAUAAUUUAAGAUAAAGCAAGUUGAGAUAUUUUCAUUGAGCAUCAUCAUCUGAUCAACAUUUUAAGUUGUAAAAAACUUGGUUUGUGACUAAAUAUUUGCAGGAUUAUAAAAUUUGCAUGAGCCUCGGCUGUACUUCAGUGCUAUUGAGGCUAAUAUUAGCACGUUAAUACAUCAAAAUAAAUGUAUCUAUGCUAUACAA